AGCACUGAUAGAAGAUGUGUAACUUCAUCAUAUGUAUUUGUUUGUGAAAUCUCUUUUAUUUAUUGUCUUCUUUAUCCUCAUCUUCACCUUUCAGAAGCAAGCAUGGCCCGAUCACAAGAGGGAAUGCAAAUGCCUCAAGCGUCUCCAGCCAAGGAUCCCCACCGACUCCGUCCGCCUGCUUACGAGGACCAUCUUCAAACUGCUCAGCCAAACAGAAAGUGACCAAGAGGAGCUAUACUCGAUAGCUGAACACCAGUCACAUCUAGCAGACAUGAGCGAGGAGAAGAAAGAGGGCUUGGGGCACCUCUGCACGACGCUGCAGGUUUAUCUCGGAGAGGAGAACGGCGAUCUGUCUCAGCUUCCGCCCGGCCUCGACCCCAUCAGCCUCCUCGCCAGAGUGACCUGCAACUGCUUCAGCAUCAGUGAUGGAGAGCUGCAGGACGUGGGGGUGGGACUUUACCUCAGCAUGUCUCUGCUGAACCACGACUGCCAGCCCAACUGUGUCAUGAUCUUUGAGGGCAAGAGACUCACGCUGCGAGCUGUUCGGCUCAUCAGACCCUGUGAGGAGCUCACUAUAAGCUACACUGAUAUCCUUGCGACCAGCAAAGAGCGACGUUCCCAUUUACAGAAGCAAUACCACUUCCUGUGUCAGUGCACGCGCUGUACCACGGAGGACAAGGACUGUGACAUGCUGGCUGGUGAGAAGAUGGCGUGGACGUCCUUAAGAGACGUCAUCCCUCACCUGAAGCAGCUUCAGUCGGAGCAGCGCUGGGAGGAUCUGCUGAAAGAGAGCCAGGCUCUUUUGCACAGAUAUACAGAUGUCGUCCCAGACAGGAACAUCUAUGUGCUCAGGCUGCUGGAUCUGGCCAUGGAUGCUUCCAUUAGUCUGGACGACUAUAAGACGGCGCUGGAGUAUGGCAAUAGAGCUCUGGAACCUUACAAACUGUACUACAGUGAUCCUCAUCCGUCCAGAGCGGUGGAGCUGCUGCGGGUGGGGAAGCUGCAGCACUACAUGGGCAGACUGGAGGAGGCUCAGGGGAGCUUCACACAGGCAUAUGACAUCAUGAAGGUGCCCCACGGGACGGAUCACGUCCUGACUAAUGAGAGACCGAGUACUGCGGUCCCGCCACGGCCCCAUACUCCUCUCCUCCGAUUCUUUGACAUGUUGGCUGUCAAUCAACACGCUAUGUGUCUGCCACCUGCUUUUGUGCCACUGUGUAUCAAACCAGCUGGUUUAGAAUUCAACUGAAAAAAAUGCCAGAGGGAAAAAUCUACAUCUUCGCUGUGCUUUUACAGUCCAUUUCGGACUUUUUUUUUUUGUGGAAUUAAUCCCACUUUUUUUAUUUGCAAUUGUUUUAUUUUUUAUUUUUUAUUUUUUUUUUUUGCAGUAAUAUCAGAGAUCCACUUGCUGCCCCCUCAACAGAUGUUCACUUUUAAC